AUGUCUCCCGCAGCACUUACACCAGAACCGACAUUUCAGGUCCUGCCAUACAUCAAACACAAAGACCAGAAAUUCAACUUUGGCGCCACAGUAGAAGGGUUGGAUCUCAACAACAUCUCUGAUAGCGACGUCAAAGGACUGAAAGAAACAAUAUGGACCCACAAAGUCAUUGUCGUCAAGAACCAGAAGGAUCUCAGGCCAGAAAAACACUGGGAGCUAGUGACACGUUUCGACCCAGAGGCCUCUCAGGUCCAUAGCCACGGCGACUUGAAGACAUUUCAACAGAAAGGCGGCGUCCUCUCGAAAUCGCGAGACGUCUACGGUAUUCCUGGCGCCGAGAAUGUCCGGCUUAUCGGCAAAGGAUACCAAGGCGAGGACCACUACGGCCUCAAGAACCUGACUGUCAAGGGCCUUUCCAACGACUUCCACGCCGAUCCGCCCAACGAAGCCGAGUUCGCAGAGGGCAUCACGCGCUUCCAACGGUGGCACAUCGACGCGCCCCUCUACGCCCGAGACCCGGCGUGGUUCACGACCCUGCGCGCCGUCAAGCUCCCGAGUGGCCCAGACGUGACCAUCCGCUGGGACGACGGGUCGGGACUGAGCAUGACGUCGCCUCCUGGGCUCACUGCGUUCUUCAGCACGUCGCAGCUCUACGACAUGCUCAGUCCCGAGGAACAACGACUCGCCGACCACAGCUGGGUCGAGUACGCUCCGCACCCGUACAUGUGGAUCGAGAACUGCAAAGCCCCUUCGACCGGACUGGGCCUCAAGUCGGAGGGCAAGGAACAUACGAUUGAGGAGUUGGGAGAAUACGACGAGCGCGAUGUCAAGAGGUACCCCCUUGUCUGGGUGAACCCGAUCACGGGAGAGAAAGCAUUCCAAGUGCACGGUCUCGCCGCACGCAAGCUCUUUCUGCGCUCAUCCACCUCGGAACCAGCCAAGGUGGUCGACGACGUGGUCGCCAUCCGCGCUUUCCUCCACAACAUCCAAACCCGCGUCCUGCGACCGGAGUACAUCUGGCUGCCUGAGGUCGAGGAGGGUGACGUGGUGAUGUGGGAUAACUACGGCACGUUCCACACGGCCGUCGACUAUCCUUUGGAAAAGUACGGGCCUCGAAGCAUGCAUCAGGCGAACGUGGGGGCGAGUAGGGGUCCAGUCGGGCCCGUUCCGAUUCCUGCUAAUUAG